AUGGCAUUACGCAUCUUGUCCCUGUUUCUUUCAACUCUCUCCAUCGCCCAUGGCCUCACUGCUGCUGUGCUGAACGGAACUAGUCCGCAAUCAUGUAGAUUUCUACCGGGAGACGAAGGCUGGCCGAACGAAGAGAUUUGGGCAAGGCUUAACAUGACCGUGGGUGGCCGGCUGUUGCUCACAGUUCCCGUGGCACACGUAUGCCAUCGAGAGGGGCUUUUUGCUACUUACGACCAGGUGGCGUGUGAAGCUCUACAGACGGCCUGUCCGGUACCCGGCGAAAUAUUCAACCCUUUCUGGCAGAAUCAAUCCUGCUCGCCUUUUACGGCUCCAGGAGUGGCUUGCGAGCUGGGAAACCGAGCUGUUUACUCCAUCAACGUGACUGGGCCUGCUGAUGUACAGGCAGGCUUGAGGUUUGCAAAGGAGAAUCACGUUCGCUUGGUGAUAAGAAACACAGGUAUUGACUACCUGGGAAAGUCCACAGGUUCUGGAGCCCUGGCUCUGUGGACGUACAGCCUCAAAUCCACAGAGAUCAUAUCCAACUAUACGGGGCCCCAAUACUCCGGGCCUGCUAUCAAGUUGGGCGCCGGAGUGAUUGCAGGGGAGGCGUAUGAGGUCGUGCAGGAGGCGGGUUACCGUAUGGUCGCCCCAGAGUGUGGGCUGACGGGCGUCGUAGGUGGCUACGCCCAGGGUGGUGGCCAGUCGCAGCUCGUCACUGCUUACGGGCUAGCAGCUGACCAGGUCCUCGAAUGGGAGGUCGUCACUCCACGCGGAGACUACGUGGUGGCAACGCCCGAGAACAAAUCCGAUCUAUACUGGGCUUUGGCAGGUGGUGGCGGCGGGACGUACGGCGUGGUACUGAGCGCAACCUUCAAGGUCUAUCCGGAAGGUCCUGUAGCUGGCGGGACCAUGACAGUGUCGAGCGACAACACGACGGCGCUGUUCGAGGCCAUUGGGGUAUGGUACAGUCUUGCACCUUCAUUUGUGAACACAUCCCGCAACAACAUCCAGGCCUUUGUCACAAACGAUACCCUGGAUAUCCUCAACUUCGUCAUGCCGGACCAGAACAGUUCGUCUAUCAACGACCUCCUGAGUCCAUUCCUUCUCGAGCUGGGCCGGCUCGGCCUCAGCUACGAGCUCAACACGACAGAGUAUCCCAGCUACUUGGACAGCUUCAUCGCAUCGUACGGGCCACUGCCGUACGGAGACCUCUGCCCCAGCUACCCUGUCAUAGGCAGCCGGCUUAUUCCGCGGGACAUUGUGCUCGACCCAACCACAAACCAGCGCCUCAUGGACCUGUACCGCAACAUCACCGAAGGGGGCACCUGGUGGAUCGGAUGUUCGUUUCUUAACGUGGACAACUCGCCCGGCUCACCCCGGCCGUCGCACCCGCCCAACGCCGUCCACCCGGCCUGGCGCGAUGCUGUUGCGUACUGUAACCCCCAGACGCACGAGGCAUACGAUUGGUCAGACCCUACGGACGAGUCAGUGCUCCGGCGGACUCUUGUUGAUGACAUCUUCCCGGCGCUAGAGGCCGCGACGCCCGGUGGUGCAGUGCUCAACGAGAUUGAUCCUACGUACCGGGGGGACUGGAAAGAGGCCUUUUAUGGGUCCAAUUAUGACCGCCUAUUGCAGAUUAAGCAUGACUAUGAUCCGGAUUAUCUCAUGUAUGGCCUUUAUGCUGUAGGAUCCGAUGAGUUUGUCAUGCAAAGUGGGGGGAGGCUAUGUGUUGCUUGA